CGCUAUUAAACACGAAGAAGAAGACGCAUCAUCAACAACAAAAAAUCAUUGCUAUCGAGUUAGUUUGAACAUUGAUCAGUUUUAAUAGCAUGUAAUGUUCAGGAAUAGGUGAUUUUUUUCCUUCGCCCCUCUGACGGACACAAAGUUAAAAGUAAUAAUGGCCAGCGAGAACGUGAGUGUGGUUUUCAAACUGUAUUGCCUGACAGUGAUGACGCUGGUGGCAGCUACUUACACCGUGGCUCUGAGAUACACCAGAACUAUUUCGUCGGGAGAAAUGUACUUCGCUACGACUGCAGUGUGCAUUUCUGAGGUUAUUAAACUGCUGCUGAGUCUGGGAAUGCUGGCAAAAGAAAUGGCGAGCCCCAGUUGGCUAAAGAAGGCCAUCGUGGAACAUAUAUUCUGCAGUCCAAAAGAACUGCUGAAGCUGAGCAUUCCCUCAAUUGUUUACGCAUUCCAGAAUAACAUGGCCUUUAUUGCGCUGAGCAACCUGGAUGCAGCGGUUUACCAGGUGACUUAUCAGCUGAAGAUUCCGUGCACUGCCCUGUGCACAGUCUUCAUGCUGAACCGCUCUCUGAGCCGGCUGCAGUGGUUCUCAGUCUUCAUGCUGUGUGGGGGCGUCAUUCUGGUCCAGUGGAAUCCUGCACAGGCCACCAAAGUGCAGAUUGAGCAAAACCCUUUUCUCGGGUUCGCAGCCAUUGCCGUUGCAGUCCUUUGCUCUGGAUUUGCAGGAGUGUACUUUGAGAAGGUCCUGAAGAGCUCGGACACAUCUUUGUGGGUGAGAAACAUCCAGAUGUAUUUAUCGGGCAUCUUGGCCACGCUGUUGGGCGUUUACCUGACUGACGGGGACAAAGUCCUGGAGAAAGGUUUCUUCUUCGGGUACACGCCCUGGGUCUUCUUCGUUGUGUUUCUGGCCAGCGUGGGCGGUCUGUACACAUCUGUGGUGGUGAAGUACACAGACAACAUCAUGAAGGGUUUUUCUGCUGCCGCUGCCAUUGUCCUGUCAACAGUUGCAUCAGUCCUGUUGUUUGGACUGCAGAUAACCGCCACCUUUGCUUCUGGAGCCAUGUUAGUUUGUGUGUCCAUCUACCUUUACGGGCUUCCAAAGCAGGACACGACCCGGCUGACCCUGCAUCACACAGACAUUGAAGCCAAACAAAAACUCAUCAACGUGUAAAUCGCUGGGAUGACAAGCCCAACUGGAGGACCAGGUCUGUAUCAGGGGACUAACCCUCUCUGAACUUUGAGAUGCAGGAGCCACUCGUGGCAACAGUUACACAGAAGUCAGUCAGUGUUGCAGUCAGGACUGUCAAAGACUGUCAAAGUUGAUCUGAAGAAAACCUCUUUAAGGACAAGAUGUUGUGGUGUUCUUUUACCAUGUGGGAAACUGAAAUUUUUAUUUUAGGUUAUGUCUUACAAUAUUUGUGUUCUUUUAAAUCCUUUGCUGCCAACUUUUAGAAUGACUUUGGGUUUAUAAUGUGAAUUUACACAUUUGUUGAGUUUGGGUUUAUAGUGUGCAUCCAGAAAGUAUUCAUAGCACUUCACUUUUUCUACAUUUUAUGUCAUGUCACAGUCUUAUUCCAAGAAAAAUGUUCCCUCAGAAAUCUACACAUAGUACCCCAUAAUAAUAAUUUUUUAGGAUUUUUGCAAAUUUAUUAAAAAUAAAAAAAAACCCAAUAAAUCACAUGUACAUAACAUAAUUU